UUUACGAGGGCGAUCAUUUGGAGGAGUGGUGGGAUUUGUCCAACCUCUUUUAAGGUCAACAUCGGCGGGAAGUUUCUGUUAUGGCUUCUGCCCCACCGCCAGAUUCUCCAGCUUCUCCACCACCUCCUCCCACGUCUACAGAUUCACCACCUCCAUCAUCUCCUCCACCAUCUUCACCCCCUCCAUCCUCAGCACCCCCUCCGAAUUCAUCAUCACCGCCCCCACCAAAUAAUGUCUCUCCACCACCACCGAACAAUGCCUCCCCACCACCCCCAAGCGGCUCAAAUUCUUCACCAUCACCGCCAAAUAAUAACUCCAAUGCUUCACCUCCACCACCUUCCUCUUCAAGCAAUAAUAAUUCCUCACCUCCUCCGCCAUCAAAAAAUGACAAUGGCGAUGAUAACAACAGACCACCACCUCCACCUCAUUCAUCAUCCACUUCCCGUCACUCACCACCACCUCCACGAUCAGUAUCGCCUGGAUCAAGAGAUAGAUCCUCAAAUGAAGGUGGAUCAAGUAGUGAAAUUAACUUUGUCCCCGUUGUAGUUGGAGUUGUGGUUGGGGUGGCAGUAUUGGUACUUCUUGGCUUGAUUGCAUGCAUGUGUGCAAGCAAAAAGAAAAAGAAGAGAAUAGAAUAUGAUUACUACGCAGACCAAACUCCUGGAGGCAAUGCUGGAAAUUAUUUCAAUUCUUCAACUCAACCUGUUAAUAAUUGGCAAGCCGGGAGCCAAAAGGGUACUAAUCUACCUCCACCUCCGGGUGUCUAUGGAGGAUGGCCAUCACCGCCACCGCCACCGGGUCCACAAACACCACUACCUCUCGGUGCAAUGACCAGUAGUGAUCUGAGCUCUAAUUUCUCUGGACCAUAUGGACCACCUUUGCCUCCUCCACAUCCUUCUGUUGCUCUUGGAUUCACCCAAAGUAGCUUCAGCUAUGACGAACUAGCAGCGGUAACUGGAAAUUUCUCUCAGGCUAAUCUAUUAGGCCAAGGAGGGUUCGGAUAUGUGCAUAAAGGGGUAUUGCCUAAUGGGAAAGAAAUCGCAGUUAAAAGUCUUAAAGCUGGCAGCGGACAAGGAGAUAGGGAAUUUCAAGCUGAAGUUGAGAUUAUUAGCCGUGUUCACCAUCGCCACCUUGUUUCCCUUGUUGGCUACUGUAUUGCAGGAGGCAAAAGACUGCUUGUUUAUGAGUUCUUACCCAAUUCAACUCUUGAAUUUCAUCUUUACGGUAAGGGUCGCCCAACCAUGGAUUGGCCUACUAGGUUGAAAAUUGCCUUGGGAUCAGCCAGAGGACUUGCCUACUUACAUGAAGACUGCCAUCCGCGCAUUAUCCAUCGAGACAUUAAAGCUGCAAAUAUUUUACUUGAUUACAAUUUUGAAGCUAAGGUGGCGGAUUUUGGAUUGGCUAAGCUGUCUAAUGACAAUAACACUCAUGUGUCAACUCGUGUCAUGGGAACUUUUGGGUACUUGGCUCCCGAGUAUGCAUCAAGUGGCAAGCUUACUGAUAAAUCUGAUGUUUUCUCCUUUGGUGUCAUGUUAUUAGAACUGAUAACAGGACGCCGCCCUGUUGAUCUCACUUCUGAUAUGGAUGAGAGCUUAGUGGACUGGGCUAGACCAAUUUGUGCCAGCGCUCUGGAGAAUGGAGACUUUUCUGAAUUAGCAGAUCCACGGUUGGAGGGCAACUAUGAUCCUGCCGAGAUGGCACGAAUGGUGGCCUGUGCUGGUGCAGCUGUUAGACAUUCAGCAAGGAGACGGGCAAAAAUGAGCCAAAUUGUUCGAGCACUAGAAGGCGAUGUCUCGCUGGAACACUUGAACGAAGGAGUAAAACCCGGACAAAGUACAGUAUUCAGCUCUACUUCUGGCAGUUCUGAUAAUGACACUACAUCUUAUAGCGCAGAUAUGAGGAAGUUCAGGAAGGUGGUAAUGGACAAUAGCCAAGAAUAUGAAAGUAGUGAAUAUGGUCACACGAGUGAGUAUGGGCUUAAUCCUUCCUCUUCAAGCAGUGAAGCAACCACCAAGAGUGGAAUGGCAAGCAUAAGGCACAGUCCUUGAGAGUAGAAUUGACAUAUUUUAUAACAGAGGUCAUUUAUAUUUGGGAUUUGGGUGAGACUAGACGAUUUCAACAACAGGGACAUUAUUAGGAUGCAAGUAUCCUCGUAGCAAGUGCUGAGAGUAAAAAUUCGUUUAUUUUAUCAAUGAGUUUGUUGUUGUUUAGGGUGUAACAAUGAAAUCUUUGAAAUUUAUUGGAUGGUGUUUGAAGGCACAUUAAAGUGAAAUAUUACAUUUUCUUAUUCUUUCUUUA